AUGGGCAUUCUCUCCACUCUCUCCACCGGCGCCAUGGCCGGCCUCCAUGGCUACAUUCUCGUCCUCGAGAUGUUCCUCUGGACCUCUCCUCGCGGUCGCAAGGCCUUCAAUCUGACGGCCGAAUUUGCCGAAAAGACAAAGGCCCUCGCCGCUAACCAGGGUCUCUAUAACGGCUUUCUCGCCGCCGGCCUCGUGUGGGGUCUCGUUCACCCCGAUGCCGGCUUCGCCAAGCAGCUUCGUCUCUUCUUCCUGAGCUGCAUCGCCGUCGCUGGCUCGUACGGUGCCGCCACGGCCAACCGCAAGAUUCUGUUCAUCCAGGCCAUUCCUGCUGCGCUAUCGCUUGCUGCUGUCAGCCUCGAUCUCUAA